AUAAAAUUGAACUUUGCAUUAAAGAUAAACAAAUGAUGAUGUAUUCUAAUAUUAUAUCAUUACAGUUUAGUAUAUUUCUAUUAGUUUUAUGUUCAACAAUAAGAAAUGUUUAUUCUAUCACCUGUUACGUAUGCGAAAAUUGUGUGAACGUAGACGGAAAUACUGCAACUCAAUCUGACUGUGGAGCAUGUAUUAAAACUGGUGUGCCGAAAAUUUAUGUAAAACGACAAUGUGUUACUAACUGUUCAGAUAUUGCAACUAAAUUUCCUAUUAAAGAUCUUUUAUCAUGUUGUACAACUGAUCUUUGUAAUGAUUCAAAACAAUUAAAACCAUUUAUUAUUAUGGGAUUAAUAAUUUACUCUAUUUGGUAUAUAUUUACUAGUAUUUAAUUGAUAUAACAUUCAAAUUUCAUAUCGUAACAAAGUGUCCGAACGUAUUUACUAAUUUGACUAACUUUAUAAAAUGAUCAUGAUCAUGAAUUUAAUGAAUUCACAUGUGUUUGAACUGUUGUUUUACCAUUAUUUAUUUUUUCAUAUAUUACAUAAUGAAUUUCAUUGUUUGUAAAACAAUUUUAUAACUAGAUAUCCUUUGAUCAAUAAUACGAUUAGUGAAAUGAUCG